CGGUGGGGUGGAUGUGCCAAGAGCCUGACCUCCCCAUGUCUGCUACCCCUCCCCCUACAACCCAUGACAGCCUGUCCUGAUAUAGAUGGGACCUGGGACUGGUUUAAAAUGACAGGCUCAAGUUCUUUGAGGAAGAGAAGACUAAUUCAAAGGAGCAGCCAGACAAGCGUCCUUUCUCUGCAGGAAUAAUUACUAUCCCCCUUCACCAUGGCCCACCUGGGAGCCCAUUUUGCCUUUAGAUCCCGUUGGCAGAAGACCGACGACGAACUCUGUCGUCAUAGCAUGUCCUUUAUCCUACACAAAGCCAUUCGCAAUGACUUCUUUCAGAGCUACCUCUACCUGCUGGAAAAAAUUCCCUUGGUAAAAUUGUAUGCUUUAACAAGCCAAGUCAUUGAUGGUGAGAUGCAGUUCUAUGCCAGAGCCAAACUUUUCUACCAAGAAGUACCAGCCACAGAAGAAGGCAUGAUGGGAAAUUUUAUUGAACUAUCCAACCCAGAUAUCCAAGCCUCUCGUGACUUUCUUAGGAAAUUUGUUGGGGGGCCAGGGAGAGCGGGAACUGGCUGCGCCUUGGACUGCGGUUCUGGAAUAGGAAGGGUCAGCAAGCACGUCUUGUUGCCUGUUUUCAGCAGUGUUGAAUUGGUGGACAUGAUGGAAUCUUUCCUCCUUGAAGCCCAGAGCUACUUGCAGGUUAACGAGGACAAAGUUGAAAGUUACCACUGCUACAGCCUGCAGGAGUUCACGCCCCACUUAGGGAGAUAUGACGUCAUCUGGAUUCAGUGGGUCUCAGGGUACCUGACUGAUAAGGACCUUCUUGCAUUUCUUUCCCGGUGUCGAGAUGGCCUGAAAGAAAAUGGUGUUAUCAUACUGAAGGACAAUGUGGCCCGGGAGGGCUGUAUCUUUGACCUGUCUGACAGCAGUGUGACUCGGGACAUGGACAUCCUUCGAAGCCUUAUUAGGAAGAGUGGACUGGUGGUUCUGGGCCAGGAGAAACAAGAAGGUUUCCCAGAGCAGUGUGUUCCGGUGUGGAUGUUUGCACUGCACAGUGACAAGCUCUCUUGAUCAGCAGUGGGGAUGAGCCACCAGACUGAACGAUGGUGCUUCAGAAUUGGGUGUAUCUCCCAGGCACCCUGUGUGAUGGAGACAGAUAUGGAAAGAAGGGAUACAAUGCAUGUCUAGAAUGAUUGAUGAUGUAGUAUGUACGAGCUCUUGCUACCAUAAUGCACACACUGUGAUGUGUGCACGUUUAGAUGCAUACUCCCUGUAAGGAGACGUUCACAAAUGCUGUGGAUUUUUCUGAGAGAAGGAGUCAAACAACAGGAUGGUGCUUUAAUAAGGUGCUUGUUUACACACACCUUCACUGCACAAGUGUGUAUAUGAAGACCUGAGAAAGAAAUGAUGCUUAUAAAUAAGAGUCUGCGUUAGUCACUGAGGAUUUGUGUUUACAAUCUAUCACAGAACAAGAGUGGAAAGUCUAGACCUCUCUUUCUGUUCCUCUAUCAGCUAUGUUACACUUUCUUCCUCUUUGCUGUUACAGUGUCUCUUGAACAAACAUCUUGACCUAACUAAGAAGGGACUGGUUAAAUAACCCCAUGAAUACAAGUCUAUUAAUUUUGUCUUUAGCUCGUUUUUUGGCAGAAAAGGUAUAUGGUUUCUCUUUCUAUUUUGGGUCAGUUUUACUACCAAUGAUGUAAUAUGGAUGUAAUUUGAUAACUAAUGCUUGCAUUACCAUGAUGUGGAAGUGUCUCCUUUCAGGAGAAAAUGUUACACACUCAAGUUUCACUCCGACCAUAUAAGUAAAUGUUGUCAAUGAUCUAAUUUUA